CAAGAUCAAAAUUUCAUUGCAAAUCUAAGCAGGUUAAGUUACGUAUAUUUCGCUUUUAUUACUGACAGCAGAUCUUGCUAAGAACUCGCGGUAACGUUGAGCGCGGUUAAAUUUCAUUUCAUAAGGCAAAUAUUUUUUAUGUUUUUAAUAUAGAAUAAAAUAGUAUUUUUUCAGUCAUAUUUUCUUAGCAUUAGUGUAUUUUUAUAAAAUUGUUUUUGCUCUGAAUAUCAUUAAAAAAUAUUAGAUAUUAUUGCACCUACAAUCUAAUGACUGGCAACAUUUUCAGAGUUUUUAAUAUUGUUUAUCUUUAGCAGAAGACUUUUCGUCCUCUGUGUUCUCGAAUGAUAAUAAAGGUCUCUUCUUUAACAGAUAUCACUAUUUUCAGACGAUGAGUGCUGCAGGUGAAAAAAUUUAACUGUUGAUUUUCAUAAUAUCCUUUUCUUCUUUUAAAAGCAUUGUAACACUGUUCUCUCUUCUAACCGAAAACAUGUGCGAAACUGAAAAUCAACAAUCCGCUAUGAUGAAUGGUGUAGUACAACCUCUUUUGACGGAUUUGUAUCAAAUUACUAUGGCUUACGCUUACUGGAAAAGCGACAAGUGUUCUGAUCAUGCUGUGUUUGAUUUAUUUUUUAGAAAAAAUCCGUUUCAAGGCGAAUUCACAGUUUUUGCCGGCUUAGAAGAGUGCCUUAAAUUUCUCCAAAAUUUUCGCUACUCGAGAAGUGAUAUCGACUAUUUGAAAAGUAUUUUUCCAUCGAAUGUAGAACCUGCAUUCUUUGAAUUUUUAGCUAAUUUAACUGCCCGAGAUGUCAAAUUAUAUGCUAUACCUGAAGGAACUGUCGUGUUUCCGAGAGUACCGCUGAUACGCGUUGAAGGCCCAUUACCGGUUGUUCAGCUUUUAGAGACUACUUUUCUUACUCUUGUGAAUUAUGCCAGUUUAGUUGCCACUAAUGCUGCGAGAUAUAGAAUUGCCGCAGGAUCUGAUCUCCAACUAUUAGAGUAUGGAUUGAGAAGAGCACAAGGACCUGAUGGAGGUUUAUCUGCUUCUAAAUACACUUAUAUAGGAGGAUUUGAUGGAACCAGCAAUGUAUUAGCUGGAAAAAUGUAUAAUAUACCAGUAAAAGGGACUCAUGCGCAUGCAUUCGUUAUGUCUUAUUCUUCUCUUGAUGAAGUCAAAACAAGAGUUAUACAAAGUAAAAUUGAUAAUUCUGAACAGGAUUUAGUCCAGCUUAGUUUGAAGUUUCGUACAGAUCUUUCAUCACUCCUCUCAUUACUUAAAGAAGAAGCUAAUAAUGGUGAAUUAGCUGCUUUCAUUUCAUAUGCAGUAGCCUUCCCAAAUAGUUUCCUAGCUCUCAUCGACACUUAUGAUGUUAAAAAGAGUGGCUUGUUAAAUUUUUGUGCCGUUGCUCUAGCUCUUUGUCAGCUUGGUUACAAACCUCUUGGUGUCAGAAUAGACAGUGGUGAUUUGGCUUAUUUGUCAAAUGUUGCUUUCCAGACUUUCUGCAAAGUCUCUGAUCAUUACAAUUUUCCAUGGUUCCGAGACUUUUCCAUUGUUGCAAGUAAUGAUAUCAAUGAAGAGACCAUUAUUUCUCUAAAUGAGCAAGGGCACAAGAUCAACUGCUUUGGGAUUGGAACUCAUCUAGUUACUUGUCAGAAACAGCCUGCUUUAGGUUGUGUUUUUAAACUGGUUGAAGUCAACUCCAAACCAUGCAUAAAAUUGAGUUUAGAUGUUGAGAAAGUUACUAUUCCUGGUGGUAAGUUAGUUUACAGACUUUUUGGGAAGGAUGGACAUGCCUUGAUUGAUCUACUGCAGAUGAAAGAUGAGCCAGCUCCAGAAGUUGGUAAGAAAGUACUUGUCCGCCAUCCAUUCCAGGAAUCCAAGCGGGCUUAUGUCCAACCAGUCCAGGUUCAAAAUUUGCAAACUUUAUAUUUCAGUGAUGGAGCUAUAUGUGGGGAUCUUCCAUCUCUUUCUGACAUUCGUAAGCAUGUUAAACAAUCACUUGCUACUUUACGAGGUGACAUAAAACGAAAUUUAAAUCCUACACCAUAUAAAGUUUCAGUAUCGGAUCAGCUGUACCAUUUUAUGCAUAACUUAUGGUUGCAAAAUGCACCUAUUGGUGAACUGUUCUAAUUGUACUUAGGAUUGCUUUUUAGUGCUGUUCUAAAUGAUAUUACAAGUUAUAGUUUUAUAUUUAACUAAUGUAUGUUUUAUUGCAGAUGUUAGUAAAGCACAAUAUUUAUAAAUAAUUGUUUAAAUUGAAUGAGAUUAUUUUUCAAACGUUGUUAUACAAUAUGUUACUUUGUAUGCCUUAAAUGCUUUAAACUAUUUUAACACAAUUAAGAAGAGAGUUAAAGUGAUUGAUUCAUCGUAAUUUGGAUCUAAUUUUAAUAAUCUUUAUUGAUUUGUACAUUUACAAUAUUUUUAAAUAUAUUUGGUGACUAUAUUUAAUUUUUGUCUUACUUUAAUUGUGAAUAUGUAAUUUGAAUGAAUUUUUUAAACUGUUUUUUGCCCUUUCAUAUUUUUAAGAGUAAAAUUAAAAUUGUAUGUUUUUUAAUUAAUUGUAAAAUUAUAAAAUAUUUCAUAUUAAUGAUAUGUAAUCAAACUUUCCACUGCCAUGAUCAUUAUUACAUUAUUAAUUUUUUUUUUUUCAUUUUCUGAUAACUGUAACAUUAUAUAUAUAAUUACAAAUUUAGAUACAAUCAUUAACUAUGUUAGAUAUAAUAUCAAAGUUAUCCAUUAUUUUUCAAUAUUGUUCUUUCAUUAUUGAAUAUUUUUCUAUUUUGCAUAAUAUUCAUUGUAAAAUUUAUUUAUUUUGAUUUAAAACUAUAAUCAUUACAAUAUAAUAAAAAUUAGUUUAAAUAAUAAUCUUUUAUAGAUUAAUUCGGUAUUUAGUAAGAAAUAAUUCAAUUGCGUAGCAAAAUUAAUAAAAAUUGAUGUUUUGUAAGAUAUAGUUCUACUUGCCUUUGACACUGUUGAAAAUGACUAUCAUUAAAUAUAUAUAUACUUCUAACUUUUUUUUUAAUCUCAUUAAAUGUGGCUUUUUUGAUGCAUACUUACGAUUUGAAUAUUGCUAUAGUGUGUUUGUUGUAGUGUAGUAUUGUUGAUGCAGUAAAAUUAUAGUGAGAAAAUAAGAAUUUUGUGACUAACAUUAUUUUUUAUUAUAUUUGAAUUAAAAUUAAGUGUUAAUUAUGUUUUCAAAUUAUGCUUAUGUUAUUAUUGAAUUAUUUGAACAUGAGUGCGAGCUUUGCAAUUUUUAUAUUUAAAAUGUGGAAUGUGCAUUUUAUUCAAAAAAACAACAUACUCGUAAUCUUUGUGCAUGUUUUUGUAAUUUUUUUAAAACUUCUGUAUUUGGGCCUUUGUAUGGAUUUUAAUAAUAAGAUAUUUUUAUAGGUAAAGAAGAAACUGUUAAAGUUUUUAUUGUUUGUCUCUAAAUGUUGCAUAUGUAACAUAUUAUUUAAUUGUGAAUAUUAUAACUGCAUAAAUUAUUCAUGGUUUAAAAUUUUACUUGCAAGGAAAUGCAUUGUGAAGAUUAAAAAAAUAUUGAUAUCAAGUAAUUGGUAUUAAAAUUAUUGUAAAAAAAGAAAAAGCUUUUGAAAUUUCCUUAAUUAUAUCAAGGAUGUCAAAAAAAUUUAUACAAUAAAUCUGAUUGGAAAUUUUUCUAAAUUAUUCCUAUUUUAAAAAUUUUUGGAACUUAUAGCUAAUUAUGUUUUAAGAAUAUUUAUAUAUAUCUUUAUAAAAUUUAUAAAUUUAUUUAUAUAAAACUUUAAAUUAAUAUGCAAGAAAUUUGAUGAAAAAACAUUUUUAUGUAUUAAAAAUGAAACUUCGCCUUAGUUUCUUUUCUUUGUAUUAAUUUUAAUUGUUUCUUAAAAAUCACUUGUCAUCUCUUUCCUUGCAUAUCAAAAACAAUGUGCUUGAAAGUUAUUAGCCAUAUUUUCAAUCAGUGUUUAAAUAUAAAGUUAUAAAAGUAUGACUACAAAUAUUAUGACCUUUUUCUAUGAGUCUUCAGAGUGUAAAAAAAGUUAUCUAAAAUGAAUCUGCUUUCAUUGUUGAUAUAGAGAAACACAAAUAUCAAAUGGCAUUUGAAAAUGCAGUGGAUAGAAAUAUAUUGAUAUUGUUUAUAAUUAAUAUUCUUAUUUCUGACUGUCCUUAAUGCUAUAUUUAUCUGUAAAAUUGUUUGUAAUAGAAUACCCCUAGCCUACAUCCUACAAACUUAUCGCAGCAUUUAUGAUUUUCAUAUUUAGUAAUUAGUUGGUCAUAUUUCAACCACAUUCCACUACCUCCUUUCCUUCAAUUCUUCCUUGUGUGUCAUCUGAAUAUUUGUUUUGUAUAACUCCUUGUAGAACAACUUCCUUGACCAAGUUGUUGAGUAAAUUAUUGUUACAAUUUUUGAUUCUGUUUCAUUAAAGUCAUUUGAAUGUUGAUGUUGUUCUAUCAGCAUCGGCUUUCAGUGUUAAAUUUAUAUUUUGAGCUUUGCCUGGGAGCUUUUGUGACAAAGCUUUAUAUAAAUUUAUAUUUUGAGUUUUGCCUGGGAGCUUUUGUGUAAAAGUUCUGCAUUUUUACAUGUAUUUGAUAUACAUGUAGAAAUGUUAAUGGUUUAAAAUAGAGUUUUGUUGGAGAAAAAUAAAUAAAAUUUCUCAUUUGUCAAAAUCUGAAUAAGGUUUAAAUGAACUUUUUGGUACAUAUUAUGAUUAUUUAUAAUAGAAUUGAAAUAUUUUAACUGAAACAUGAAAUCAACACCAUUGUUUUUAGGAUUUUAAUUUUGUUAAGUUUGUAGUCAUUAAAUAUUUCUAUGAAAUAUUUAAGUAAAGUUGUGAUUUAUUUUGACAAUAUUAUUCUUUUUUUAAACUAUCUAUUGAGAGAGAACUUUUUUUUUAUCUGGUAAUUCAUAAAUUGAAAUAUAUUAUUUAAUAAAUUGAAAUUUUGAUGUUUCUCCAUUCAUAAAGAUUUUUGCUAAUAAUUAUAGUUAACUAUUGAUAUAAGAAAAUAUUAAUGUUCUAUAAAAGAAUGAAAAUUUAUAUAUUUUUUCCAUAUUAAAUAGACCCUAUUUCUAUACCAUUUCUACAAAAUUAUAAAAGUCUAAAUUUAAUUAAAAAUAGGAAGUGCAACUUAAUUACUGGGUUUUAACAAUUUUAGAACUUUGAUCAAGAUUUUGCACAUUUAUUCCAUCAGGCAUUUUUUUUAAAUGAUUGCAAGUUAUUAUGGAUGUUCUAAUGCCUUUUGUUUUUUUUAUUAGUAGUUUGAUCUUAGUCAUUUUAAUCACAUAUAUUUUUGCUACUGGUUCAGUAUUUAUUUCAAAGUUUUUAAAACUUGUUAUAAGAUUAUAUUUCUGUUGAUUUUAUUAGUUUUUAGCAUUUUCUAUACAUUUGUAUUAUACAUGUUUAUAGUAAUGUGCAAUGUAUACUUGAUAUUAACUUAGUAUGAGAAGUGAUGUACAAUUCAGCCUUAACCUCAUAUUGCACUUUUCACUUUUUUUAUAUAUGUUUAUGUGUUAUGUUUGUCUAGUAAUUAAAUUUGCUGCUGACAUCUAUGUUCAUCUCAUGAUAUUUUCUUUAUUUUUUUAAUCACUACAUUAUUUCGAUAUAAAAUCUUACAGUCAUUGAAGCAAUAAUCUUCCUUCUUAACAUAGAAGGUUAGAAUCAGAUGUUAGAAAUGUUUGAAUAAAUUUCAACUUUACUC